AUGAUGUUGUUCGAUAUCCUGGGCUUGAAGAAAAAUGAAAAUAACUCUGAGGUGUCACGAUUUGUACUUCUGGGCCUGUCAUCUUCCUGGGAGCUGCAGUUAUUUCUCUUCUUAGCAUUUUUAUUGAUUUAUGUUGUUACUGUCCUGGGAAACCUUUUGAUAGUGUUGGUGGUACAGGCUGAUGCUCACCUGCUCCAGUCACCCAUGUACUAUUUCCUAAGCUAUCUGUCUUUCAUUGACCUAUGCCUGAGCUGUGUUGCUGUCCCCAAAAUGCUAGGAGAUUUCCUACAGAAGGAGAAGACAAUAUCGUUUUCAGGAUGCCUGGCCCAGAUCUUCUUUCUUCACUUUCUGGGAGCCAGUGAGAUGUUUCUCCUGACUGUAAUGGCCUAUGAUAGGUAUGUCGCCAUAUGCAACCCUCUACACUACCUGACUGUCAUGAAUAACCACCUGCGUCUUCAGUUGGUGUUUGCCUGCUGGUGUGGAGGUUUCAUCCACUCUAUCACACAGGUCAUAAUUGUCAUCCAGCUGCCUUUCUGUGGUCCCAAUGAAUUGGACAACUUCUACUGUGACGUCCCCCAGGUCAUCAAGCUGGCCUGCAUGGACACUUACUUGGUGGAGGUGCUGAUGGUCUCUAACAGUGGCAUAUUGUCUCUUGUCUGCUUCUUGGUCCUGCUCUUUUCCUAUGCUCUCAUCCUGCUCACUCUGAGAACUCACCUCCAUCGGGGCCAGAGCAAGGCACUGUCCACCUGUGCCUCUCACCUGACAGUGGUCAGCUUGAUCUUUGUGCCCUGUGUAUUCAUCUAUUUGCGGCCAUUCUGCUCCUUCUCUGUGGAUAAAGUGGUCUCUGUGUUUUACACAGUGAUCACACCUAUGCUGAACCCCCUCAUCUACACACUCAGAAAUGCAGAUAUGAAGCGAGCUCUAGAAAAGCUGAGAAGGACAAGUGACAUCCCACUGCCUUGUUAA